AUGUGGGGAGGCCGGGUGGUGAUCCCCACCCCUCUCCGAGACCGGGUGCUGGCGGCACUGCACGAGGCUCACCCAGGCGUGGUACGGAUGAAAGCCCUGGCUCGGAGCUACAUGUGGUGGCCAGGCCUAGAUCAGGACAUUGAGGGACAGAUCUACCAUCUACAAACUGAGCAGAAGCUAAGAGACUAUGUUACCAUGGUUUCUAACAAGUUCAACAAGAAGCCUCAAGCCAUUCAGUUUAACUGUCGUGAUGACCGUUCAGAUGGAGAUGGCAGCAACAAUCAACUGCUGGUGUAUCACCCGGAGCUAAUGGAUGCAGUCACUGCACAGAUACAACCGGAUGCUCAACCAGAAGAUGAGGUAUUGAACUUAUUCUCUGAUGCUUGCAAGAAAGUGACUUUCAAUGUCCCUCCUGAACUAGAAGCUGGAGUAUUAGUUGGCAGAGUCAAGGUGAAAAACUGUCUUAAGCAUGCAGAAUUUAUCCGCUCAAACAAUCCCAACUUUACAGUUUUAGAAGAUGGUUCAUUGUAUACAACAAAUGCUAUGUCCUUGUCUUCUCAUGAAAACACCAUCACCAUACUCCUUAAAGGCAGUAGUGGACACGAACAAAAGACGAUACUUGUUAGUUUGCUAACACAUCCAAAAAAGGCAGGACAUGUAAGAAGGACUGCUCUUAGACGAAGCAAACGCAGAUGGGCUCCAGUCCCAACAACUAUAAUGGAAAACUCAAUGGGACCUUUUCCAAUGCAAAUUCAACAGUUAUCUUCUGACACAGCCUUGAAGUAUGACAUUAAAUAUUCCAUAAGUGGACCUGGUGUUGACCAGCCACCUCUGAAUUACUUUUACAUUGAGAAAGAAACUGGAAAUCUCUUUGUUACUUGCCCAAUAGACCGGGAAAUGUACCCAGAAUUUAAGAUAAUUUGCUAUGCAGUGACGCCGGAGGGAUAUACACCAGAGACACCUCUUGUGCACGUGAUCAAAAUCGAGGAUGAUAAUGAUAAUGCCCCAGAGUUUGAGCAUGAUCCUUAUAUUUUUGGUGUUGUUGAAAACAGUAGAGUUGGAACGCUUGUUGGACAGGUGACUGCAACAGACAGAGAUGAGCCAAACACUUUACACAGCACAAUUAGAUACAGAAUUGUAUCACAGAGUGGUCAAAUGUAUCAUAUCUCAGAGGCAUUUGGGAUACAUCCAGAUUCAGGUUCUAUUACUGUAUUAUCACCAAACCUGGACAGAGAGACAACAUUGGAGUAUAGACUACAAGUAGAAGCAAGAGAUAUGGGAGGCUAUGAAUUUGCUUUGUGCACUACAGCAGAAGUGAUCAUUGAGAUUACAGAUAUAAAUGACAAUGUUCCACGAUUAGAACAAAUUGUGUAUGAAGUGGACGUAUUUGAAAACACAGAAAAUGUGGAAAUAUUGCUCAUUCCUAUUAAAGAUGAUGAUCAAUUUGGAACACCUUCGUGGUUGGGAACUGCCACUAUUAUAAGAGGAAAUGAAGACCACAGUUUUUCUAUUACCGUAGAUGAAGAGACGAAUGUUGGGCAUUUAACUGCUUUAAAGAGUCUGGACUAUGAAAAAACCAAGGAGAGAAGAUUAGAAAUUGUUGUAAAUAAUGAAGCACCUUAUGCAUUAGCACCAAAUUCAAGAGCCCUUUCAACAAGUACUGCCACAGUUAUAGUCAGAAUUCUGGAUGAGAAUGAGGGGCCAGAAUUUGAUCCUUGUGAAUAUUUUCUGACUAUUAAGGAAUCUUUGCCAAGUGGAACGGUGGUUGGUGAUUACCAAGCGAGGGACCCAGAAACUGGAAAUAGUGAAGGCAUAAGUUACAGAAUAAUAAAUGGCAUGUGCAAUUGGAUCAUCAUUGACAACACAGGACAGCUGAGAACCACUAGAGUUUUAGACAGAGAUAUACCAAAUAUGGAAUAUUCUCCAUGCACCAUAACAGUCUGUGCUACAGACCGAAGUGGUAAAACAGGAACUGGAAAAAUUUUUAUAACAGUGAUGGAUGAAAAUGACAAUUACCCAGUGAUUACUGAAAGUAAUUACAUAAUGUGCAAGGACAAAGAACCAGUAUAUGUUACAGCCUUUGAUGCUGAUCAGCCUCCCUAUACAACACCUUUCCAUUUUGAAAUAGAGAAGCCAGUGGGCUCAAUAUGGAGGAUAAUACCGUAUGAUGAGGAAUCAGCAUUGCUGUCACUGGAUGAAGAUCUACCUUAUGGCUAUUAUAAACUUCUUAUUAGGACAUAUGACAAUGGAGGUAACAGUGGAAUAAGUGAAAUAAGAGUUCAUUAUUGUAACUGUGUAUUUCCAAGUGAUUGUUCUGACCUCAGUUCAGACAUCUCUGCGGAUCGGGUUUCUACGGAAGAUGUGCAAUAUCAAGCUCCAGGUGGAGGGGGAUCUUUUGGUCCCUGGGCCAUCUUUUCAACAGUGCUGGGAACAAUGUUAUCAAUGGGAGUCAUGGCUAUACCCUUAAGUUACUGGCUCCGCAAAAAAGGGUCCAUGCGUCACGAGGUGGGUGAUAGUUCAGCUUCCCACAAUUUAAUUGUAUCCAACACUGAGGCACCAGGUGAGAAUGUGAUGGAUUUGAAUAUACUUCCUGUGAAAACAACAAAUGCAACUAGCAUGAGCACAAUUGGAGAAAAAACUGGAAGUAUGGAACUGAUAAAAGGAAGGGAAGAACACAUUGGAGGAUCCAUACAGAAUAUUGGACAGCAUCUGCAAAACUCAUAUAAAAGCCUCUAUUCUGAAUGGCGGAGUUUCUCCAAUCCUCACCUAGCUGAAAAGGUAUUUCAGUGUGAAGAAGAAGAUGAACUCCACCAAAGUAAAGAAUAUGUACUUCCAUAUAAAUAUGAAGGAAAAGGAUCACCAGUUGGAACCCUAAGCUCCUGUACAGGCGAAUCAGAAGACGAAGAACUUGAUUUUUUAGAUCAGCCAGAACCUCCAUUUAAGACUCUAGUAGAAGCCUGUAUAAAAGAAUAAGUGUGUUCAUCAUGGUCCUGAAAACUUUAGCCACAAUCCUCUGGGAAGUUUAAUGCUGCAAGUUCUAGUGAAAGAAAUGGAUUUUUUUGUGCAGCUCUCAUAAUACCGUG